AUGGCCAUGCGGGGCCCAAUAGUGUGCGUGCUUGCCAAUGACCAUCAACGGGACCCUUGGUUCCUGUCCCCCCUAGGGAACGGCCCUCUGGCCAGCAACGGGACCCUCGGUCCCUUUCCCCCCUGGGGAACGGCCCUCUGGCCAGCAACGGGACCCUCGGUCCCUUUCCCCCCUGGGGAACGGCCCUCUGGCCAGCAACGGGACCCUCGGUCCCUUUCCCCCCUGGGGAACGGCCCUCUGGCCAGCAACGGGACCCUCGGUCCCUUUCCCCCUUGGGGAACGGCCCUCUGGCCAGCAACGGGACCCUCGGUCCCUUUCCCCCCUGGGGAACGGCCCUCUGGCCAGCAACGGGACCCUCGGUCCCUUUCCCCCCUGGGGAACGGCCCUCUGGCCAGCAACGGGACCCUCGGUCCCUUUCCCCCCUGGGGAACGGCCCUCUGGCCAGCAACGGGACCCUCGGUCCCUUUCCCCCCUGGGGAACGGCCCUCUGGCCAGCAACGGGACCCUCGGUCCCUUUCCCCCCUGGGGAACGGCCCUCUGGCCAGCAACGGGACCCUCGGUCCCUUUCCCCCCUGGGGAACGGCCCUCUGGCCAGCAACGGGACCCUCGGUCCCUUUCCCCCCUGGGGAACGGCCCUCUGGCCAGCAACGGGACCCUCGGUCCCUUUCCCCCCUGGGGAACGGCCCUCUGGCCAGCAACGGGACCCUCGGUCCCUGUCCCCCCUGGGGAACGGCCCUCUGGCCAGCAACGGGACCCUCGGUCCCUGUCCCCCCUGGGGAACGGCCCUCUGGCCAGCAACGGGACCCUCGGUCCCUUUCCCCCCUGGGGAACGGCCCUCUGGCCAGCAACGGGACCCUCGGUCCCUGUCCCCCCUGGGGAACGGCCCUCUGGCCAGCAACGGGACCCUCGGUCCCUUUCCCCCCUGGGGAACGGCCCUCUGGCCAGCAACGGGACCCUCGGUCCCUUUCCCCCCUGGGGAACGGCCCUCUGGCCAGCAACGGGACCCUCGGUCCCUUUCCCGUCUUGGAAACAUCGUGGGUGUAA